AUGACUUUUGAAAUUGUCCUCCUCGCGCUGCGUGCGGCCGCGUUACGCGUUGCACUCUCCAAACCAGAACCGUUCCAUUCUUCUCCAUCUAUCGCUCUGGUCCUUUUUUCUCUUUCUUCUUUCCUCUCCAUGCCCCUCCCAUGCGCGUGCGUGCGAGAGAGAGGGAGGGCUGAGCGUUGCCGUGCUCGCGCCCAGCGUCGCGGAGGCUGCCGUCCUAUCACCUGUGCGCCUCCGUUUUCAUCCAUCCUCUUGGCACUAGAGGCCGAUUUCUACCUAAGCAAGGCGUAUGGCUUGGACCAGCGCUCCUACAGUAGUGUUCAUUUCCUGUGUGUUUUCUGCGUCGCCAUGACUGUGGGUGCUGCAGCGCUAUGCGAGUAUUAUGGCUACCUGCCGAGGCUUGUCCGCCAUACGGGGCUGCUUCCAUCGACACGCACCUCUGUGACUUCAUCGAUGGCCGCGACAGUGCUGCAAUCGUCACUCUACGAGGCGGACCCUUCUCCUCCCGUGCGGAGCGGCGAGUUUGAGCUCCCGUCCACCUACUCACUGCACAAACCGUUGGUGUAUGACAUCGCUGCGCUGCCACCCAAGCCGGUCUCAUCCUUGCGUCUAGUCAUUAUCAGCGACACCCACGAGCGGCAUCGAGAGAUGAGUGUUCCAAACGGCGACGUGCUGGUGCACUGCGGCGACAUCCAGGAAGGCUUGAACUUUGUGCGGGACGUCAAAGCGAUGUUGAUCGAUUUUUCUGCCUGGUUCACGGAUAGCGCGUUGCACCCGCACCCCGUGAAGUUGAUCAUUGCGGGUAAUCAUGACAAGGCCAUUGCUGCAAUGUCUACAGAAGAUGUUCGCCGACUCUUUGCACCUGCUGUGUACUUGUGCGAGGACAGUGUGGUGGUGGAGCCUGCCGGUGUGCGCUUCUACGGUUCACCACGCUCCAUCUCCAACUCUCGCUGGAGCCCCAAUACAGCAUUUCAGGGCAAAAAGGCGUGGAAGCGUUUCGUAUUCGCCUCAGCGCGGCAAGAUGAUGAGGCAGGAGCCGUGUCCACUGCUUCUCGAUGCUCGUCGGAGCAGCCUCUUCGCUCGCGGCUCGAAGGUGCCACUCCAGGUGGUCCUGUCGAUGUCUUGGUCGUUCACCAAAGUCCAGACAUACCCAGAGCCCACCACAGCGUUUCGGAGCAGCCAAUUUGCGCGUAUGCUCAACAGGUGGCGCCGCGCCGCGUGCUUCUUUGUGGACAUCUUCACGGUGCACAUGGCAUGCAUCGGCUGCCCGUGCCUGAACAUGUCAGGAAGUCAUUUCGCAUUGCGACACGAGGUGGAGGCGGCCAGCCGGAGGGGGUGGUGAGGAUGGAUGAAAUCCCACACCUUCCGUGCAUUAACGCCGCCAUGAUGACUGGCCGCUUUGGCCAGAAUGUGCUGCUCCCUCCGAGCGUUGUGGACCUGGAGCUGUGA